AUGCAGAAGCGGAGAAUCAUCACCACCGUGAAUCCAUCGGCGUCUAUUGAGAUGAGCCACCACAACGACGUUCCUUACUCAAACGUCGGAGGAGAUGAUGAGACUCCGACUCCAUCGCCUAAAGCCACCGCCAAAAUCCGGAAAGUCUCCAUGUUGCCACUCGUUUUCCUCAUCUUCUACGAAGUCUCAGGUGGUCCUUUCGGUGUCGAGGACAGUGUUAGUGCAGCUGGACCAUUGUUAGCUCUCUUAGGCUUCAUCAUCUUCCCUUUCAUCUGGAGCAUCCCAGAGGCGUUGAUCACAGCAGAGAUGGGCACAAUGUUCCCAGAGAAUGGCGGCUACGUCGUGUGGGUCUCCUCUGCAUUAGGUCCCUUUUGGGGGUUUCAGCAAGGUUGGAUGAAAUGGCUGAGUGGCGUCAUCGACAACGCACUGUAUCCUGUUCUGUUUCUUGAUUACUUGAAAUCAGGAGUCCCGGCGCUAGCUAGCGGUUUGCCGAGAGUUGCAUCGAUCUUGGUGUUGACAAUCUUGCUUACAUACCUCAACUACAGAGGACUCACUAUAGUCGGUUGGGUUGCUGUGCUUAUGGGAGUCUUCUCCAUCCUUCCCUUUGCUGUGAUGGGUUUGAUCUCGAUCCCUCAGCUAGAGCCAUCGAGGUGGCUUGUGAUGGACUUAGGGAACGUGAACUGGAGUUUGUAUCUCAACACGCUCUUCUGGAACCUAAACUACUGGGAUUCCAUCAGUACGCUUGCUGGUGAAGUUGAGAACCCUAACCAGACUCUUCCAAAGGCUUUGUACUACGGUGUGAUCUUAGUUGCGCUGUCUUACAUCUUCCCUCUUUUGACUGGAACUGGAGCGAUCCCGUUAGAGCGUGAGCUAUGGACUGAUGGGUAUUUCUCUGACGUGGCGAAAGCUUUAGGUGGAGCGUGGUUGAGAUGGUGGGUGCAAGUGGCUGCAGCCACAUCAAACAUGGGAAUGUUUCUUGCUGAGAUGAGUAGUGACUCUUUUCAGCUUCUUGGCAUGGCUGAGCGUGGGAUGCUUCCUGAGUUCUUUGCGAAACGGUCGCGUUACGGGACGCCUCUGCUAGGGAUUCUGUUUUCGGCUUCAGGGGUUGUGCUCUUGUCUUGGCUAAGCUUUCAAGAGAUUGUAGCUGCGGAGAAUUUGUUAUACUGCGUUGGUAUGAUCUUGGAGUUUAUAGCUUUCGUUAGGAUGAGGAUGAAGCAUCCGGCUGCGUCGAGGCCUUACAAGAUCCCUAUUGGCACCGUUGGUUCGAUCCUCAUGUGUGUUCCUCCGACGAUACUGAUAUGUGCGGUUGUGGCGCUCUCGUCGCUUAAAGUAGCUGCGGUGAGCUUUGUGAUGCUGAUCGUUGGUUUCUUGAUGCAUCCUUGUUUAAGCCAUAUGGAUCGGAAGAGAUGGGUCAAAUUCUCCAUCAGUUCUGAUUUGCCGGAUCUUCAGCAGGAGACUCGUGAAUGCCAAGAAACUCUGAUACGUUAG